GGAUUGACUUGUACGAUACUGUGGGCCCUCGCCCCUUGCCGGAGGAGACAUACACACAUUUGUUUCAGAAAGAGAUUGAGAGAGAGAGAGAAAGAGUGCUGUCCAGAAAUCAGAAAUUUUCAGGUCACCCACUCCUCACUCCUCACUUCUCAGGACAACCCAAGUUUCCCCACUCCGCACCCACACACAUAUCAUUAAUAAUACACACACCCUUCUUCCUAAACUUCCUCUCCCUCUCUCUCUCUCUCUCUCUCUCUCUCUCUCUACAAACACCAAAGCUUGACAAAACUUUAUUCAUGGUGCUUUAAAACGAUUGGCUUCCUUAUAUAUAUAUAUAUAUAUGUAUAUUUCCAAUACUACAUCAAAAUAGACAUUACUGUAUUGGAGUAUUGGAUUUCCUACCAUUUUGGCUGUGUGCUGAAGAGGGUAUUUGUUCAUUGCUCUUUGUGAUCUCUUCUUCUGAGUACUAAAAAAUCAAGUAAUCAACCAUCCUACUUGUAAGCUGAACUUGAUUCUAAUUGGACCUUGCCUUGUCAGUCCUUUCAGUUGAGUCCAAACAGGCCCAAAAAAAUGGUGGUUCCGGAGGCAGAAAACAUGUCCCAUGCAGAGGUGGAAUCGCCACUACAACAAUAUGAUCAACAACAGCCCAAAAACCAGCCAUUGUCAUCGCUGGGAAGGCAAUCAUCCAUAUACUCGCUCACCCUCGACGAGUUCCAGCACACACUCUGCGAGAGUGGCAAGAACUUCGGAUCCAUGAACAUGGAUGAGUUCCUCACCAGCAUCUGGACAGCGGAAGAGAACCAAGUCAUCAAUUCCUCCAACUUCAAUAACAACGAUGACAAUAACAACAAUAAUACCAACUUGUCAUUAAGCGAAGUGUCAACGGACAAAAGGAUAGUCAGGCAACCCAGCCUGGCAAGACAAGGCUCGCUCACGCUUCCCGCACCGCUUUGCAGGAAAACAGUGGACGAGGUCUGGUCCGAAAUACAUAAAGGACAACAGGUUCAGCAGCAGCAGAGGAAUAACAAUGAUAGUGUUCAGAAUCCCGAUUCUGCCCCUCGUCAGCCUACAUUCGGAGAGAUGACUUUGGAAGAUUUCUUGGUCAAAGCAGGGGUAGUUAGGGAAGCAGCUCAGAUGCAGCAGCAGCAGCAGCAGCAGCCGCCACCGCAGCCACAGCAGCAACAGUACGGUAUGUACCACAGUAACAACCCAGCUGUGGCACCCGGUUUCGUUAACAGAUCCGUAAUGGGGAUAGACAGCGCUGCCGGUGUAUCCGCCGGAGGUGGAGGUGGAGGUGGUGGCGGUGUUGUUCCUUCUUACCAAACAAUGCCGCAGGGGAGUACGGCCGUCGGAGAGUCGUCGGGGUAUGUGGCGAAUGGUAAACUAAACGGGGCGUAUCAGCCGCCGCCGCCCCCGGCAAUUUGUUACGGUGGGAGAGUGGUGAAUGGUGGAGGUGGGUAUCCGCCGGCGCAGCCCUUGGGAUUGCCGGCUCCUGUAAGUCCUGUGUCGUCGGAUGGAAUAUGCACGAGUCAGGUUGAUAACUCGGCGAGUCAAUUUGGGUUGGAUAUGGGUGCGUUGAGAGGAAGGAAGAGGAUCAUUGAUGGUCCGGUGGAAAAAGUGGUGGAGAGGAGGCAAAGGAGGAUGAUCAAGAAUAGAGAGUCUGCGGCCAGGUCUAGAGCCAGAAAGCAGGCAUACACAGUUGAACUAGAAGCAGAACUGAACCAAUUGAGAGAGGAAAACGCUCAACUUAAACAAGCUCUGGCAGAGCUUGAGAGGAAACGUAAGCAACAGCAUUUUGAGGAAAUGAAAAUGAAAGUUCAAACCAAGGGAUACAAGGCUAAAGAGAAACUGAGGGUGUUUAGAAGGAAUUUGAGUUGCCCUUUAUGAUACAAAUAGAGAACUGUGAUGCAGCAUAGUGAGGAUAGAUGGGAAGCUCAGACUGAGAAUAUAUGAAACUGUAGAAACUCAAGAUUAAGGCAAGGAAGUCUGAAAAGAAUUCGAGCUAGGAUGGUGGAAAGAUUAGAACUAACUGUCCUGAAGAAUCUGGUUUUUGAUUGCACUGAGUACUGGCGCAUGAUAGAUGAAAUGAUUCUGAGGCUUUCUUCAAAUAAUAGUUAAAUGUGUAAAAUAUAUUUAGUUGCUCUUUAAUGCUAUAAAUUACACAUGCUUGUAUUCUUAUUAGACAAGUUCUUAUAUGUCCUUUUCGUUCCUCUGUAUGUAAGGCUUCUGAAACUCUUGUUAAAAGUUACAAGUGUUGCUAUAAUGAGCCGAUACCAUCGACCCAUAUUGCCUAA